AUGUACCUGUCACCACUUGUUAAGCAAGCUGAUGGUGCCGUGUCACCAUCGUGGAGCAAGCUUCAGCCACUGCUGGAGAACUCCAUCCUGAAGAAGGAAAUCUCGGGCGUUGAGCAGGGCCUCGACAUCCUCUUGUCCUGGUUCGAGAACAUCACAAAGAGCGUCGACAAGAUCAACGCCUUCAAGCAAAUCGUUGGUCUCAACCCCGAUGUUAGGAAGCAAAACGGUCUGUCGGCAUCGACCUCGUCGAUCAACGACCUGACCGCCCAAAAGAAGAGAGGCCUGGUUGCUGGCGGCAGCGACGUCGAGUCGUUCGACUUUAGCAACAACAAGCGCAUGAGAGUCUCGCGUCUACUGUGCAGCGAGGAGUUCUCAGACAACAAGUCCGAGGAGGAGAACUCAGAGGAGGAGCCAUACAGCUUCGACAGCGAGUCGCCAGAGGACGCAGACUACCCCGCAAGCGACGGCGAGCAAAUGGAGGACGCCAGCCCAUACAAGGGACUCAGAAGAGCCUCGUGCAACGACAUUCUCGUCGGAAAGAACGCCGGUCAAUCACUACUCUCCAUGAACCAGAAGUCGGCCGUGGCCGCAGUCGUCAACGGCAUCGCACCAACACCCAAGCAGUUGAUGAUCAUCCGUGAGAAGAUGAUCGACUACACAUCAAAGAACCCCGCCGAGACCACACCCAGCUGCAUCCAGAUCGUCCAGCAGCCAUCCACAAAGAUCGUCUGGAAGAAUCGUCGUCUCGACACUCCAUUCAAGGUCAAGUUGGACAUCAAGGCCGCAAGCCAGAUCGCCAACCAGAACCUCUCGGUCGCCAACGUCGUCGCACUUGGCAUCCUCACUGACCACAAGGGCAAGUUGCAGAUCGACUCUGUCGAGAACUUUGCCGAGUCAUUCAACGCACAGGGUCUGGCCGUAUUCCAGGGACUCAAGAUGACCAAGGGAACCUGGGGAAAGGAGUGGUCGCUGACCUUCAUCGUGGUCACUCGCCCAUCCAACUCAUACAACAACUCAAUGAUCAUCUCUGUUUCCAAGCCUGCCCCAAUCGUUGUCAAGACCCGCAAGAACCCACAAAUCAGACACAGCUACUCCAGCGCAGCCGGUGUCCAGCUGGGGAUGCUCAACUCCCCCAGCGAGUCAUCCAGCCCGGAGACCUCCCCAAUGAUGGGACCAUCCCAACCAAAGACUAGAAUGCCACCCUUUGCCCCACUGAUCAACAAGAACUUUGCCAACCUCGAGUCUGGCAGCAGCACACCACCCGCCGGCGCCAAGAAGGAGGGCGGACGCUUCCCCCAAGACGAGAUGGACAGUUUGUUGUGGGCAGCCGAGAUCAAGCAACGUGAGUCCUCAGACAAUGAGCCAGAGAUCAUUUCAGGAAACAAGUACUCGUCCCUUGUUCUGAGUCCUCAGAACAAGCCAGUGUCUACUCGCUAG